AUGGUCCGAGUACGAUCGGGAAGCUUGAAAUGCUGUCGGAUCAUCAUCUACUCGACGACGCUGGUGCUGCUGGUGUUCCUGCUGCCGCAAGUCUACAGCUUCUGCCCGUCGAUCUGCACGUGCGAAGGCGACCCCAACAUGCGCACCUGGUGCAUCGGCGCCGGCCUAGAUGUCGUGCCGAUUCAGCUCAACCCGGAAGUGCGUUACAUCAACCUCACCGCGAACCGGAUCACCAACGUGCACUUCACGCUUACCUUCUACAACAAGCUGGAGGUUCUGGAUCUGUCCCUCAACCGCAUCGAAGCACUCGGAUCACGCAACUUCGACACCCAGGAGCACCUCCGGGCGCUGAACCUGAGCGGCAAUGCGAUCGCCACCAUCCCCAAGGACGCACUGAGGGGUCUCAAGCGACUACAGACCUUCCGGUUGGGCAACAAUCGCAUCGAAACGGUCCACCCAGCCGCGUUUCACGAUCUGCGCAACCUGAUCGAACUGGAUCUGACGGGGAACGCACUGACAAGUCUGGAACCGGGGACGCUCCGCCACCUGUACUCGCUCGAGGUGCUCUCGUUCCAGAACAACCAACUGCUGGAGGUUCCGUACGAACGGAACCUGGAGCAUCUCGGCCGGUUGCAGCUACUGGAUCUGUCGGUCAACCUGCUCGAGUACAUCGGGAACGAUAGCUUCGUAGGCCUGCGGGAACUCCGUACUCUCCGACUCGGUGGCAACAUACUGACCGAGCUGGACGUCGGUGCGUUCCACGGACUGACCGGCCUAAAGGCGCUCGAUGUCGUUGACAAUAAUUUUACAGUCGUGCCAACACUGCAAUUAUCAAAAUUGUGUAAUUUAACAUAUUUAUCGCUGAGCGGCAACUACUUCACGGCCCUGCCGCCGGUGGCGUUUCUGAACCUCGUGCAGCUACAGCAGCUCCAUCUCGACCGACUCGACCGGCUCGAGCGGAUCGACGUGCGGGCGUUCGUGGACAACGCGAACCUGCGGAUUCUCACGCUGGACGAUAAUCCAUCAUUCGCGAGCUUACCGUUGCGGCUGUUCCACGGCAAUCCGGCCCUGACGGAGGUCUCGGUGCGCCGCAACGCGCUGGUCCGCCUGGACGCGGUCCACUUCCCGCUCGAUCGGUUAGAGCGGCUCGAGCUGGCCGGCAAUCCGCUCGUCUGCAACUGCUCGCUCCUGUGGCUGUGGCGGCUGACGACCGGCUACGGGUUGCAGGAUGAGGCCGACUUCCGGUUAAUCGUGCCGGCGGCGGCAGCGGCCACCGCCGCCCUCAUCACCUCGUCCUCCACGACCCAGGACGAGCCACCGGUCCGCCGGCUCCAGGAGAACCACCAUCAGCAGCACCACCACCACCGGCAGGCGGCGCUGCACAUCGAUCGGGACGAGAUCGGGUGCGAUUGGUACGAGGACGGCCGCCGGACCCGCCAUCUGCUACGGACACUCAGCGAGUCCGACAUGCACUGCCCCACCCAUCUGCUCACCGUCGUCAGCGCGGUGCUCAGCGUGCUGCUCGUCCUCGCCACCGGAGGCAGCGUCCUGUACGUCCUGCGGCAAUCCAAGCGCCGCAAGCGUCUCCUGAUGGCGGACGAGGACGAUAUGCGACGGACGAAGGCACCCGCGGGACUGGGUGCGGCUGACCGCGCCGUUCCACACCCGCAGAAGGUGGACAAGCUGGAGCUGGAGCGCUACCUCGCCCAGCAGCAGUCACUCGUCCACGAGUACCGCGCUCUGCGGGCCCCCUGGGAACUCGGCGGCGGUGCCCUGCCCGUCAAGGAGGACCUCAGCAAGUACGGGAGCGUCACGAACCGAAUGGCCCCAGCGACCGGUCCGCAGACCACGACGGACCACUACGAAAGUCUCGACUUCUACCAACAGCAGCAGCCUCAACAGCAACAGCAACAGAAGCGGACCCUCUCCCGUCCACACAUCGUCUUCGUAUGA